UUGGGUUUCUAAGGUGGGGCUGGCUGGGCCUUGGGGUGCGUAGUAGCUCCUGGGACAGACCUGCUUCUUGACUACUAACUCUGUAGAGGAAGUGUUAAGCUCCCCGCGGUGCCAGACUAUAAACGUGGCUCAGUGAGGCCUCGAAGGUAAAAUAACAUGGAUCUACCAGUGAAUGAGUGGAAAUCCUAUGUACUUCAAAAGUGGUCUUUGAUCCCAAAGUCUAUUCAAGUCACAAUUUCUACAGCAGAGACUUUAAGUGAUAUUUUUCACCACUCCUCUUCGCUUCUUCAGUCUGAGGAUGAGGAGUUUUUGAAAAGACUCUCUGCAAGUUACCUUGUGAGAAAGGACCCUGAUGCUCCUCUUUUCUACAGAGAACAAGGGAACAGAAAAUUUCAAGAGAAAGAUUAUGUGGGAGCAGCAGUGCUUUACUCUAAGGGAGUGGCACAUUCAAGGCCUAACACUGAACACAUUUCACUGUGCUUUGCCAAUCGCUCUGCAGCCCUUUUCCACCUGGGUCAGUUCGAGACAUGUCUCGAAGAUAUCAUUAGAGCCCAGAGGCAUGGUCAUCCAGAAAGAUUGCAACCCAAGAUGAUGUUGCGUAAGGCAGAAUGUUUAGUGGCUCUCAGGAGACCACAGGAAGCCAGCCAGACCAUCCAUGAGCUUGAAAAUAACUUUACUGCUAAGCCAAUCCUAGCAGCUUCCCAGUCUCUGCAGAGAAACCUUUCUCAUCUAAAAAUGAAGGUACAAGAAAAUCUCCCAGAAACCUUUCCAAGAGCUCUAACAAAAGCUUGUGAGGAUCUGGAUCUCAGGGAAGAGAACGAACAAAUUUCCAGUGCCUCAUCGUCUGUCAGCUUAUGUACAGACCCUUUAAAAGGCCGCUAUCUGGUUGCCACCAAAGAUAUUCUUCCAGGACAGAUUCUGGUAAAGGAGGAGGCUUUUGUGAGUGUCCUUAACCCUGGAGAAAUGCUUCAACUCCAGCAUUGCGUAGAUGGUCAAUUUGAUACCAGAGUUACCAAUGCAGACCUUUACUGUCACCGAUGUUUGAAGCACACCUUAGCCACUGUACCUUGCAAUGGCUGCAGCUAUGUCAAGUACUGUAGCCAAGAAUGUCUGCAGCAGGCUUGGAAUCUCUACCACAGUGUAGAGUGUUCCCUAGGGCAUCUACUUCUCACACUCGGCAUCUUUUGCCACGUUGCCCUGAGGUCAACUCUUUCUGCUAGGUUUGAAGAAGUUGGCAGAGACAUAAGGAGACCUGGUAGUGAAGUUCAUAACAAGGACAGCUGUUUGCUUGAAAGCAAGAAUCUGAUCAAAACACUCAGUUCUCACCUGCAGGGAGAGAGCAAGAAAAAUGACGAAGGAGUUAAGAUGCCAGUUCCUGGAUGUGAUAUUAAUGGGAAGUACAAAAAUAACUAUAAUGCUGUCUUUAACCUUUUGCCCCAUACUGAAAACCAUAGCCCAGAGCACAAAUUCCUGUGUGCUUUCAGUGUUUCUGUUCUGUGUAAGCAGCUGGCAGCUUCCAGAGUAGAAGCCCCCACAACAGGUCUGAAACCCUCCACACUGGAAGCAGCAGAGGCUCUGGUGCUGUGCCCAAAGCUGACACUGUUGGGGGAGGCCAUGCUGAGACACAUGCUGCAGCUACAGUGUAAUGCCCAGGCAAUAUCGUCCAUACAACACACAGGCUCUAAAGAGAACAUCAUUACUGACAGCAGGCAGAUCCGCCUUGCCACAGGCAUCUUCCCAGUUGUCAGCCUCCUGAACCAUUCCUGCAGCCCAAACACAAGUGUGUCCUUCCUGGGCACUGUGGCCACAGUUCGUGCAUCCCAGAAGAUUGGGAAAGGGCAGGAGAUCCUCCACUGCUAUGGGCCUCAUGAAAGUAGGAUGGGUGUUGCAGAAAGGCAGCAAAAACUGAGGUCUCAGUAUUUCUUUGACUGCUGCUGCCCCGCCUGUGAAAAGGAGAAGUGCAAUUUCAAUGCAAUACCCAGGUGGGAAGCCUUCUGUUGUAAAGUUUGCAGAGCACUCUUGCAGGGAGAUGAAGUGCUGAGCUGCAGCAAUUUAUCUUGUACUGAAUCAGUCAGGCGGGAUCGCCUCAUCGCUCAGUUAAAGGACCUCCAGCAACAGAUCAGGAUGGCCAGGAAGCUUCUUCAAAAUAGUAAACUAGAGCAAGCCAUUCAAGUGUUGCUGGGCUGCCAGCAUGAUGCUGAGAGCUUCCUGUCAGAGGAACACACAGUGGUGGGAGAGAUCGAAGAUGGCCUGGCCCAGGCCUAUGCUGCGUUAGGGGACUGGCAGAAGUCAGCUAUCCACCUACAGAAGAGUCUCCAAGUAGUUGAGGUUCACCAUGGGCCAUCCAGUGUUGAAAUGGGCCAUGAGCUCUUCAAACUAGCCCAGAUCUUUUUCAAUGGCUUUGCAAUUCCUGAAGCACUGAGCACGAUACAAAGGGCAGAACAGGUCCUGCUGGUGCAUUGUGACCCAAGAGAUGAUGAGAUCCAGGAGCUACAAAAGAUGAAAUCCUGCUUACUGGAAUUGCCCCCAGUCCCUGUAGAAGCAUCAGUAUAGUCUCCAGGGAACUCGGAUCUACAGGAAAAUAGUCUGAUGAGGAAGAUGAAGGAAAGAAAAGAGGUUCAGUUGUUGCGGAGGAACUAUAGUUCCACUGGGAAAUACAGGACUUUACUCACAUUCAUUGCUUAUUGUGUGUGACAGAAGAUAUGGAGUCUUGGAAAACAUUGACUGGGAAGAGAUGUUCAACUAUUUUGAUGAGUGUUUCCUGAAAUAGUUAACUGCCUUCCAGUAAAAAAAAAAAAAAAAAACAGUUCCCAGAAAAGACUGAAAACUGGUAUCUAGAGAUCUGAAGCCCUUUCAAGGUAUUUUAGCUGAUCUGCAGGCAUCUGGAAAGUAGCCUGGGGUUUUGGCUAGACUCCAUCUUGCUAAAUGAUGGUAGUGUUUCCUUGGAACAUUCCUAUGGUUUCUAGUAGUAAUGAAAUGUUGUGUACCACUCCAGUGGGAACUUAAAUGCUUACUACUUGUAUUGUAAUUGAAAAAUAAUUAUAAAGCAAGAAAUCACUGAAGCGCUUUACCUCUAGAGACAAAAUUUCAUUUAUGAUAUCUAACUUCCUUGAAUCCUUUGUUAAAAUUGGUGGAGUAUAAAUUGCGAAUAGAGAAAGAAAUAAAUAUGGGACUAUU